AUGUCAGAGAGCGACGAUGAAUAUUACGAGGUGCCGCUGAAAGACCAGCGAUACUUUGGAGCGGGCAUCAAACGCCAGCGCGUCCAUUUCGUGCCUUCUUCGACCGAUGAGUCCACCACUCCUGCCGGCGCAUCCACUCCUUCGAACCUCUCGGCCAGCGAACGCUAUCUGCAAAUCGUCCUGGCCAAAGCCUCUUCCGAGCCACCGCCCUCCUCCUCUUCUGAGUCCCUGAGAACAUGCGACAUUUGCAAAACACAAUUUCAAGGUGACGAAGCAGAACAUUGUAGUUCUCUUGUUCACCAGAUCGCCCUCCCACAUUCCCACCCUCCGUCCGCUGUUGACAGAAACCGCAAAGGUCUCAGUAUUCUUCAAUCGUACGGCUGGAAUCCCGACGAGAGACUCGGUCUAGGCGCACAAAGAGAGGGCAUUCUACAUCCCAUCAAAGCAAAAGAGAAGCGCGAUACUGUCGGUCUGGGCGUCGACCUCAACAACGACGAACCCACCUUGAAGAAGAAGAGGAAGUCUGUACAACCCCCGAAGCCUGUCGAGAGAUUUGACGCUGGAAAGAUACGAAACCUCGAACAGAACAACAAGAAGAAGCAUGAAAGACUGCAAAGUCUGUUUUACUCCAACGACGAGGUCGACAAGUAUCUCGGUGCUGGAUGA